AUGGAACCACAGUCGUCCUCCACCACCGGCCUCAUGAUCAUCAACCUAUUCCUCUUUUUCCUCUUCACCUCCGCCACCGUAAACUCAGGAUCCAACUUACCCAAAUGCGAUAUUGAUCUGUUGGAGUUCCCUUUAAAUCUAGAAUAUUUUGAAGCCGAGUAUUUUUCCUUUGGAUCCAUGGGCAUGGGAUUGGAUACAAUACAACCCGAUCUCACCGCCGGCGGCCCACCACCGGUCGGUGCAAAGAAGGCUAACCUCAGUUCUCUUGUUAAUGACAUAAUCACUCAAUUCGCUUAUCAAGAAGUUGGCCACCUGAGAGCAAUUAAGAAGAUGGUUGAAGGAUUUCCAAGGCCAUUGUUGAAUCUAAGUGAAGAAUCGUUUGCGACGGUGAUGAAUGAUGCAUGUGGGGAAGAUUUAUCCCCACCGUUCGAUCCAUACGCUAAUGACAUCAAUUACCUUAUUUCAUGCUACGUCAUCCCUUACGUCGGCCUUACUGGCUACGUCGGAGCAAAUCCCAAGCUCCAAAGUCCUCUUUCUAGAAAGCUUGUAGCAGGGUUACUGGGAGUAGAAUCGGGUCAAGAUGCAGUCAUCAGAAGCCUACUUUAUGAACGAGCAAAGGAAAAAGUUAGCCCGUAUGAGAUGACUGUAGCCGAGUUCACGGGCAAAAUCUCGGGACUACGAAACAAGCUAGGGAAAAAUGGGGUAAAGGAUGAAGGGCUUGUUGUGUCGAGGGACGAAGGGGCCGAGAAGAAGAUUGAAGGAAAUGUAUUAGCGGGUGAUGAAGAUUCAUUAGCAUAUGGUCGAACACCACGAGAAAUACUGAGAAUCGUGUAUGGAAGUGGAGCAGAACACGUUCCAGGUGGCUUUUACCCCAACGGUGGUGAUGGAGCAAUUGCUAAAGGAUAUUUAAAACGUGGGAGAUGACUCACAUUUCAUAUACUUGAAACGUUCUUUUAAUUAAAUAAACAUUUUGAUCCUCGUGGUUUGGAAUAGAUAUAUGUUUUCUUGAUGUAAACUUGAUAAUAUA